CUGCGCUAUAAAAGCCAAGGCCCGCUGGUUCAGGCCACAGUUCAAGUUCGGUCGGCAGCAGGAUUAGUUUGGCUACAUAUACAACGAGUGUACAAGAUAUAGCACAGUGUUACAUUCCGUGAAGAGCGAGAUGACGAAGAUUUUGGCAGCCCUGGUGCUGUGCUCGAUAGCGGCCCUAGCACACAGUGAGGGUUACGGAUAUAAACCGUCAUAUUACUACGGCUUCCUCCACAAACACACAACGACGACGCACUCGCCAUACGUCUACUUCAAAAGACACACCAUCCCUUACGAAGACCUGUACGAAUCAACCUACACUGACCAUUACGUCUUCCAUACCCCUAGUCCUUGUUACGGCUACCACUGCGAUGGAGGAUAUGGUGGCGGUGGCGGUGACUAUGGUGGUGACUAUGGGGGUGGCGUAGGAGUUGGAGGUGGAUAUUCUAGCGGCGGUAGCGGUGGCGGAGGUGGAUAUUCUAGCGGCGGUAGCGGUGGCGGAGGAGGCUACGGCAAUGACAUCAGCGGUGGCUACGGUAGCCAGAAAGGCUACGAGGCCAGAUUGGCCAACACUGGUAGUAGCAACGAUGGUUACGCAGACUAUGGUAAAAACAGCGGCGGCUAUGGCAACACCAACAACAACGACGGCGGCUAUGGCACCACCAACAACAACAACAACAACAACGACUAUGGCAGCAACAACAACAACAACAACAAAGGAUAUGGUGAUAACGGCAAGAGCGAGGCCUAUGCUGACUACGGUCCCAGCGGAGGUCACGGCGGUGACAACAACAACAACAACCAGGGAGGCUAUGGCAGCAAAGACAAUGGCGGCUAUGGCGACAACAAUAACGGCGGCUAUGGCAGCAGCGACAAUAGCGGCUAUGGCGGCAACAAAGAUGGCGGCUAUGGCGGCAACAAUGAUGGCGGCUAUGGCGGCAACAAUGAUGGCGGCUAUGGCGGAGACAAAUCUAUUCAAGGCUAUUCGGGAGGAUACGGACCCGGCGUACAUGCAGCAGGAGGAGGAGGAGGAGGAGGAGGCGGCGGCUACGGAGGUGGCAUUGCUGGUGGCAUUGGAGGCCAUGGCGGCGGCAUCGGUGGUGACAUCGGACAUGGAGGCGGCAGAGCCGGUCACGGAGGAGUCGGGGGAGUGGUCGGAGCCGGAUAUGGCGGCGGCGGAGCCUCCCAGGGAUACGAAUACAACUACGGAUCCGGCUACGACGAUGCCGGCGGCUACGGCGGCGGUGGAUACGGAAAGGGACAAGGCAGAGCACAGAGCGGCUACGGACAGGGCAUCAGCGACACUGGAGUCUAUGGCGGACAGCAUGCCGGCCAGUACGGAGGCAAGGGCCGUGGCGGUCACGGCAGAGCUGGUUACGGUGGCGGCGGAUACGGAGGCGGCUACGGAGGCAGCCAGGGUGGAUACGGCAGUGGUUUCAGCGAUGGUGGAUAUGGUGGAGGACAUGGCGUCGGUGGUGGUGCUGGAAACUACCCAGUCGGUGGAGCUGUUCUUGACAAGGAUCAGGCCGGCGCAUACCCACAGCAGCCUUUCAACGGUCAGCCAGGACAGGAAGCAUACGGACCCCAGCAGCCAGGACAGAACGCAUACGGACCCCAGCAGCCAGGACAGAACGUAUACGGACCCCAGCCCCAAUACCAGGGAGAAUUCACACCGCAAAUAGGAGGUCAGGGACAAUUCGGUCCGCAGCAGCAGCAGCAGCAGCAGCAACCAUCGCAAUUCAUCCAGCCAGGACAGGACUACGGUCGUGGCCUCAUCACACCGCAACAGGGAGGUCAGCAGGUUGGUGAGGCCGUCAGCGGCCAGGACGUCGUCCAGGACAUCAGCACUGAAUGCGAUGCCGCUCGUCGCACGAUGCGAGUCACCGUCAAGAUGGCCAACGGUUUCCAGGGACAAGUGUUCGCCCGCGGUUACUUCGGCCAGCCACGUUGCUCCAGCCAGGGCUACGGCUCCAACUACAUGCAGUUCGAGAUGCCACUCGACGGAUGUGGUACAGCCGAGACCCCAGACCAGAGCCAGCUCUAUCAGCAGGGAAAUCCAGGCUUCACCUACAGAAACACGCUCAUCAUGAUGGGACAUCCAGGAAUCCUGGGCAGCACCGAUCGCGCAUACACCGUGCAGUGCCAGACCGGCGGCACCGUGCAGCCAGUCAACAUUGUCAACGAGGUCGGAAACACGAACCCACCCAACGUUUUCAUGAAGGUAUCCAACGGCAAGGACCCGAACUCCACUCCCUCCGAGGGCUUGACUGUCGGCGAGACCGCAACACUGUCGAUCAGCCACAAGGAAAAUCCUACUUGGGACGUCUACGUGACCAACUGUUAUGCCCAUGACGGCGUUGGUGUCAACAAGGUUCUUCUCAUCGACGAGGAUGGCUGCCCAGCUCACGACCCCGAGUUCGUGUCAUCCAUGCAGCACGACCGCCUCGUCAACGGCGAUGUCGUCCACUACACCAACUUCCAGUCAUUCAAGUUCCCGGACAAGAACAACGUCUACUUCCAGUGCACGGUCGAGGUCUGCAGAGACAAGUGCCAUAGGUCGACAUGCACAGCCACGCCCAGCAAUAGGAGAAAGCGUGACGCCAACGCAACCGAAGUCAUUGAGAAUGAGAUCGAGGAGCAGAAGCCAAGGAGCAAGGACACGGUUGAGGAGGAGAUCGAGGUCUUCCGUGGCCUGACGAUCAUUCUCCCAGGCGAACAGCCCAUUCCACGCUACUGGAAUGCCAGAUACGCCGUACAGGACGAGAUGUGCAUCACAAAGACCGGAUUCGCGUGGGGUAUGGCCAUCAUGGGCGGUGUGCUAAUAGUUGCAAUCAUUAUCUGUGUGCUGCUAUGCAUGCGCACACGGAACGAGAGCCGAAAACACUUAGACGCUCCUGAACACUUCGUCAUGUCUAAGGCAUAAAACAAAAAGUAUUAGGUUAGAUAUAUUUGUAAUUUAUAUGAAAUCAUCUCUCUGAUAAAUAAUUCCGGCACUUUGUCAGGCUGACAUGGUAUCUCACCAAAUAUAGCAUGUUUUUGUAUUAAUGCAUUUCACUAAUAUUCACUCUCGUGCGUAUUCGAUCAUGACGUUGUGGAUAGAGAGCAUAUUCAUUUUCAUGAGCUGCGUAUGUACAAAGUCAUUUCGUAUCUCACCAAUUGUGAUGUAACUCUAGAGCGCCGGGAAUCGAAUCCGGGGAGGUAUGUUGUAAUAUACCGGGACAACCAGAGGUGGGUGUCGGUGCGCUGUCACAGCAUUAACUUCGUUGAUCGUUCAUUCACUUCACCGAUCAUUCAUUCACCUCGCCGAUCGUUCAUUCACCUCGCCGAUCGUUCAUUCACCUCGCCGAUCGUUCAUUCACCUCGCCGAUCGUUCAUUCACCUCGCCGAUCGUUCAUUCACCUCGCCGAUCGUUCAUUCACUUCGCCGAUCGUUCAUUCACCUCGCCGAUCGUUCAUUCAUUCCAUCGAUCGUUCAGUCAUUUUUCGAUUCUCCAUUACCUUCGCUAUCGUCGUUCACUCAUUUCAUUCAGCGUUUUAUCAAUCAUCACUCAUCGUCUAGGAACGUACGUCUAAGUGUACAAAGAAUUAAAUUUGGGAAGUACGUUUCUAGCCGCAAUCAUAUUCAUUCAUUGGCCUACGUGUUGUCUUGUUAUAUAGAGAUUCAGUGUACAAUUAUAUUGUAUUAAUGUAUUGUAUCGUACUGUAUUAAUGAUAUUGUAUUUAUGAGGCGAUUUUAUACAAAUCAAACGUGUAAGCGCACGAGCACUUGUAAAUUAACACUAGUAGAAAAAUUAUCGUGGAUAAUUGUUGAGGCUGCGAGUGAAUAUUCAAAGUCCCAAUAACCAAACAAGUAUUAAUACAAUCGAGAUUCAAUGCACGUUAACUAGUAGAGCUGCUCUACUGUUUUGACUAGACCAGUAGCGGUGAACAUAACCGUAUUAGAAUACGAUAUACGAUCGCAAUGGCAGUGUAACUUAAUUGUGUUAGCUGCAUAGUACCUCUCACUUUAGAUCGGAGUGUAGAAUACAAAAACACAGUGGCGGAUAUGGUGCAUAAGAGUAGACUAAACUAUAGUGCCAAACGGUCAUUGGAUACUUCUAAAUUCACGUGGUUGACUCGGUAAUUAUGUGGCAGUUAAUAAUAAAUCGGAUUCUAUGUAAGAUACGAUUCUAAUAGAAUCAGAUUAUGUUAUGGUGUGACAGUAACUUAAGCUUACACACGGUAUGUCAUACAGUUUGUUUACUAUUUAUGACAAAAUACCGGCGUACGCGGAGGUAUACUAUAGUUCUAAUAAUUUAAGCAAGCUGUAUAAUAUGGAAACUAGUGGGGUGCCUAUAACAAUUGUAAGUAACACAAUCAUUAGAGAGCCAAGGUUAACGCUGGGGAGUUUUUAUGCACAGUAGUCAAUAGUCAUUUACAAUAAGCAUAAUUCGUGUUUUCAACAUUCACUCAUCUUCGUUUACUGUCCAAUGAUCAGUGACACGCGUGCGGCCAUAUUCGAUAUCAUUUGAAGCCAUUACCAUCUCAUAAAUGGUAUUUUAACAUUGUUUUAUAAUGAAAAAAGUCACGUUAUAAAAAAAA